CCGGUCGCACUCAUAUUUCUCGAUGUCGCCUGCCGCCUGCCUUCUUGUUAUUUUGAGUUGUCGUUAGCGCCCUCGUGGUGCAUCUUAUCUUAUCAGAUGCUGAUGCGCUCUGCCUCAACCAGUCUCAGUCGCCACAAUUGCAUCCAACAGAGGAAAGCCACAUUUAACGGCACCUCGAGACUGACGAAGUAAAUCAGCUGCAUAUCUAAUGCCUCUACCUUGCACGCCUUGGUGUAUUUUAUUGUCGCUGGUGACCAGCCAUGAAAUGAUCUUAUCUUAUCAGAUGGAUGACUCAGCCGGCCAUUAAGCGAGUCAACCCACAAUCUCUAUCAUCGUUUUGUUUUCAACUACAGCCCCCAUCGACAAUUCACGUACAACCGGCGCCACCGAGACUUCACGCGGUCCCCCAUCGACACAAUGAAGCUCAACAUCAGUUAUCCUUCAAAUGGAACCCAAAAGUUGAUUGAGAUGUACGUGACAAUCGCUACCGAUCGCACGCCCUUGAGCCUGGCUUCGUCAAUGCUCCAGAUAACGUACACAUGCUAACGGCCAGCGCAGCGAAGAUGAGAGGAAGCUUCGUAUCUUGAUGGACAAGCGCAUGGGACAGGAAGUGAGUCGAUUUUCCUGGUUUCUUUCUCGCCCACUCAAAACUCUCCCGGCUUUUCGCGCUAUGUCGAAUUUACGACUUUUCUACUGCCUCCGUCCUUCACUUUUACACGUUCCCGGUGACAGCAUCGGCGAUGAAUUCAAGGGCUACAUCUUUUCCAUCCGUGGAGGCAACGACAAGCAGGGUUUCCCCAUGAAGCAGGGUGUUAUGCACCCUACCCGUGUGUCUCUGCUCCUCGGAAAGGGUCACUCUUGCUACCGUCCCCGCCGCACCGGUGAGCGCAAGCGCAAGAGUGUCCGUGGCUGCAUCGUUGCCAUGGAUCUUUCGGUCAUCGCGCUCUCCAUCGUCAAGAAGGGUGAUGAAGACAUCCCAGGUGUCACUGAUACCGUCGCUCCCAAGCGUCUCGGUCCCAAGCGUGCCACCAAGAUCCGCCGUUUCUUCGGUCUCAGCAAGGAAGAUGAUGUCCGCAAGUUCGUCAUCCGCCGCGAGGUUCAGCCCAAGAAAGAGGGCGCGAAGCCAUACACCAAGGCCCCCAAGAUCCAGCGUCUGGUUACGCCCCAGCGUCUCCAGCACAAGCGCCACAGGGUCGCACUCAAGCGCCGCCGCGCAGAGGCUUCCAAGGACGCUGCCAACGAGUACGCCCAGAUCCUCCAGAAGCGUCUCGGCGAGGCCAAGAGCGCCCACGACGAGGCCAAGAAGCGCCGUGCUUCUUCCAUCAAGCACUAG